AUGAAACAUUUGAAAUUUCAAAAGGCAAAAAUUAUUUCAGAGGCCCAACUUUUUUGGACUUUAUUUCACGAUUACAACCCGAACGUUCGUCCGGUCAGCAAUAAAAGUUCACCAAUCACAGUUUGGGUCGAGUACUACCUGUUCACCAUCGUCUUUAUAGUUAAUAUUGAAAAAAUUCAUCAGAAAUGGAUAGAUUCUUUUCUGAAAUGGAACAUGAGCGAGCACCACAACAUAUCUUCAAUCGUGACUAACGCCAAAGACGUCUGGGUUCCUGAUAUCUCCGUCAGAAAUGGAGUUGAAAGUUUGUCUGUUGUUGACCACAAAUCACCUCAAAAGCUGAUCAUCAAGUCCAAUGGUGAGAUAUCGUUCGAUUUCGUCAGGGAGACCAGAGUUUUUUGUCACCUAGACUUCACGUAUUUUCCAUUCGACCAGCAAAAGUGCCAAAUCUAUAUUGAUAGCUGGACCUAUAACACCGAAUGGGUCGUAUUCAAGGCAUCCGUCAAUAAAAUCAAUCUGAAACAUCAUUCAGCCCACGAACAAUGGCACGUUCUCGAUACCAGAGUAAAACUCAAUGAAAGGGUCUACCCAGAAAUAAAAUCAAACUUUUCUGAAAUAAUUUUCAUCAUGCACCUGAAACGCUACCCCCUCUUCCACUUCACGUAUUUCAUAUAUCCGUGUGUGGUGACGUUUGUCUUUGCACAGCUAGUUUUCCUGGUCCCGACUGGCACUAGAAAAAAAAUUGGCUUCAGUAUAACCGUUCUGCUCUCAUUUACUGUUUUUCUUGAUACGAUGUUCUACGUACUGCCCGAGAUCGGCGAUUAUGUUCCUUAUUUAACCGUCUACGUCGUCUUCGUCAUGUUCAUGUCCUCUCUCUUCCUCUUCACCACAAUAAUUAUCCUCAUCUUGCACCAUCAUAGCGAAGAUGAACCGCCACCAAACUGGCUCCAGUACAUCAUUUUA